AUGGGAUUCCUUCAAGAAAAGUCUGAUAUCACGUCAGAGACACAUACAUUGGACGUACCCAACGAGAAGGUCGAGGUGGUAGACCUUGUCGAUGAAAAGCACAAGCAAGUGUCUGCCUCAGAUUCGUCAUUUAGUAGCGCUGCUUCCGCCACGAGCACAGCUAUUGAUGUGGAAGGCUAUGUCUCUAAUCUGGCAUGGACGGAUGAAGAGGAAAACAAGGUGCUGUUCAUCAUUGAUACAAGAUUGAUGCCUUUUGUGUUGUUGAUGACAUUUGUGCUCAAUAUGGAUAGAACCAAUAUUUCAAAUGCCAUUUCUGAUAAUCUACCGGCAAAUUUGGGUUUCGGUAUCACUGGCGUCAACACAGCUACAUUGCUCUACUCUAUCGUGUUUACUGUGGUUACUCUUAUCACUAGUCCAAUUGCUAAAAGAAUCAGUCCUCAUCGAUGGAUCCCCAUCUUGAUGUCUGCUUGGGCUGUUAACUAUAGCGGCUUUCUUGCUGUCCGUUUCUUUAUUGCCCUCACAGAAGCUGGCUUCAUUCCUUCUAGCUUAAUUUACUUGACAGGCUGGUACAAGACAAAUGAAUUAGCUACUCGUCUCUCUUGGUUUUGGGGUAUUCAAGCUUUUGCGUCUGCUUUCUCUGGCUUGAUCUCAUUUGGAAUUUUCAACAUGUCUGGUAUUGGCGGUCUGUACGGUUGGAAAUGGUUGUUCAUCAUCGAUGGCAUCAUUACCCACAUCAUUGGUUUCAUUGCCAUCUUCUAUGUGCCUGCUGGUCCAUUCUACACGUCAGGUCUGCUUCGCGGCAAAAAGGGCUGGUUUACUGAGCGUCAGAGACAAAUUGCUGUGACAAGAAUCAUCCGUGAUGACUUGUCCAAGGUUGAUCAAAAGGCAAAGGUGACAUGGCACGAUGUCAAAAUCAGUGUUCUUGAUACCAAGCUGUGGACACAUUUGAUCAUCACAUUCACAAGUAUGAUGCCCCACACACCCGUCUCCACGUACCUGCCAACACUCAUUAGAAACUAUGGUUUCAGCGUUACCAUCAGUAAUCUCUUGACUGUCCCUGCUGCCAUUAUCAACCUCAUCAUCUCCAUCGCAGUGGGUCGCAGUGCUGAUAAACGGGGUAACUAUGCAUACCAUGCUUUGUUUGGUGUUAUUUGGUCGUUAGCUGGCUUCUUGGCCUUGGAGUUCUUGCCCGGAAACGCUGGUCGUUGGAACUUUUAUGCUGCUGCUUUGUUUGUUGCUUCAUCUCCUGUCUGGCAUGGAAUGCAUAUUGCCUGGAUGUCAUCCAACUUGGCUCCCUUGGGCAAGCGUACCAUUGCAUUGGGUGCUGUCAUUGGUGCUGCCAACAUUUGUGGUGUUCCAGGCUCUCAGAUUUACCAGGCAAGCGAUGCCCCUCGUUUCUUUAGAGGCAACUGGAUCAAUUUUGGCGUCAUGCUGACAGCUGGUGUUCUGCUGCUCACUCAACAUUUCAGAUAUGUAUUGACCAACAGACUGCGCCAAAAAAAAUGGAAUUCAUUCUCUGAUGCCGACAAGCAAGAGUAUCUCAAGAAUACCAAGGAUGAAGGAUCCAAUCGCUUAGAUUAUAGAUUCAGAAUCUAA